UUGAAUAUCGAUAGUGUCGACCAUCACCAAUAUAGUAGACCACUGCUCCGGCCCCCGAGUCUGUCCGAUAAUGGAAAUCAAAUUUGGUGGGAAAACAGCGUUGGUAACCGGAGCUGGAAAAGGUAUUGGUCGAGCAACAGCUUUGUUGCUAGGGCAGUGUGGGGCAAAUGUUAUUGCACUUUCAAGGACCCAAAGUGAUCUGGACUCUUUAAAAGUAGAGAUGUCAGGUUGUAAUAUCAAAACAAUUUGUGCCGACUUAUUUGACUUGAAUGAAACAAUAAAGGCUGUCGAAUCAAUUAGUGAUCAUAUUGAUUUUUUGGUAAACAAUGCUGCAUAUUGUACUCAUACACCAAAUGUCUUAGACCUAACAGAGGAGGAAAUUAACAAGGCAAUUAAGUUGAAUUUGACAGUUCCACUCCGGUUGAGUCAGGUAGUUGCUCGUGACUUAAUAAAACGUGGAGUCGGUGGAGCCAUUGUUAACGUUUCAAGUGUGGUCGGAGAACGAUUUUGUGCCCACACAACACCGUAUGGUUUCUCGAAAGCUGCGUUGGAUAAUCUGACGAUGGUCCUAGCUGCAGAACUCGCUCCACACAAGAUAAGGGUAAAUAGUAUUUUGCCUGGUGUAACCAAAACACCAAUUGUCAUGCAAUUUCUUGAAAGUGAGGCUGUACAACGCGUGGUAACUAGAACACCGAGAGGUCAAACGGCAGAACCAAAGGAAAUCGCACACACCAUUGUGUAUUUGCUGAGUGAUUUUGCAAGUAACAUUACUGGUGGAAAGAUAGUUUCCGAUGGUGGAUUUUUAGCCAAUUGAACCUACUACGUUUGACUAAAUAAAAUAUUCACAGCUCAAAAAAGUAUGGUUUAUCCUUUUCACCUAAAGUUUGCCAUUC